AUAGAUUUUUGCACUUUUAUAAUUUUUGUAAUAAAUUUUGCACUUUUAUAACAAUUUGAAAAAUUUGAAAAUCUUGCAAAAUUCAAAAUGCGUCGUUCACGGAAUAGAAGUUCAUUGGAUAGGCGUUCAACGCGUGAGCGUUCAUCGCGUGAGCGUUCAGUUACCACAUAUAAUAGGGUUGUGCCUACUAAAGCCGCAUUGCAGUUGAUGAAGGAAUACAAACAAUUGCCGGCGAUAUGUCCCAAAAUGUUUGAUAUGGCUUUCGAUCCAAGCUACACCAAGUUAUUGGAGACUGUAGAAUUACAUGAAAAACUUAUGCAAAAAUCAAGAGAAGGGACUACUUCCCCUUCGUAUAUGACUAAACUCACUGAUAUGCAAUGUAUGCUCAGCAGCUCAGAUGAAACUGAAUCAAAACAAACGGAAACCAGUUCUUUUGAAUUCAACAGAAAGUCACGAUUUAGUUCCCUCUUUUCAAAAGUUAAAUUUUUGAAAUAUCGUAGAAGUAGCACAAAGGAGGAUGUGAACUAUAAGUCCAUAAGUAAGGAAAAAGAAGUAGAGAAAGAGGAAGAAUUAAUACAAUUUCCUUCUGAUAUCUGUCUACAAAAGUUUAAUGACGAAGCGGAUCUAAGUCGUAACCCAAGUUAUUCAAAAGUGACUAUGCCCUAUAACUUGUUCUGUCUUAAUCGAAUUCGAGAACAGAAGCGACGUUAUGAAAAACAAUUCCAAAGUGAGAUAAAACAAAUUCUGGAACAAAUGCCCAAUGCAUUUGAAAUGGCGCGAUUCCAUAGUUUUCUUGCAUAUACUUCUUUGUGGCCUCCUCUACACACUAAGCAUGAGAUUGAGUAUACCAGUAAUAUGUUUAAGCUUUCUCCAAAACAACAGAGUCGUUUAAAUUAUAUAAUGAGUAAUGAAAUUACUUAAACAAGAAAAUGGAACAUUAACACUAAAACUUAAUGGAAUAUCUAAAAAUAUCUUCACUAUUUCAAAAUUCGUAGCUCUUAAAAGUGCAUCAA